AUGGACAUUCGCAAGUUUCUGAAAAAGGGACAGGGGUCGAAGAAGAGUUCCCCUGCCAAGUCUCUUGGUGGACGAAUGAGCGUGGGGACUCCGACGAAAUCGCCUUCUGCUAGUCGUUCUACAACGAGCCCUUCGACACGCGCGACCCGAUCAUCACCCCGAAAACUGGCGUCAGCUGCAAAAAAUGUGGACUUGUUAGAUGGUAUCGAUGAUGACGACGAGGAAGACUUCCAGCCGAAGCGGCGCAGAAGUCGUCAGGCAGCGAGAGCUGCUUCGGAAGUUGUUGACGUGGAUGAGGAAGAGGUGACACCGGUGCGGAGGAUGGCGACAAAGAGGAAACGGAUCCGUCGACAGAUUGAGGUGGAAGACGAACCGGAAGUGGUUGAGGCACCUGUCAAGGAGAAGAAAACCAGCCCGAGGAAAGCAGCUGGAGAUGGAUCUGUUGGAUUUGGAGGCGCGACAGAGGUCCAGGGGGCUGCUGCGGAACCGGCAGCAAAGAAGAGGAAAUGGGUACCUAGGCAAGAUGCCCCGCCGAACAGGGGGAACAAGGACCUGCCUAUUGGAGCGCGCAACUGUCUUACUGGAAAGGUUUUCGUCAUUACUGGGAUCUUGGAUUCUUUGCUUAGGGAGGAAUGCGCUGACUUGUGCAAAGAGUAUGGAGCCAGGGUUGUUGGUAGUGUGUCGGGGAAGGUCACUCAUGGAAUUGUCGGAACAGACCCCGGUGAUUCUAAGAUGAAAAAACUGAAGGCAAAUCGUUGUCCAAUUAUUAGUGAAGACGAACUGUUUGCGAUGAUUUCCAAGACACUGCCGCCCUCGAAAGAGAAAAAGGACGUCGAAAUGGAGGACGAUGAAGAGGACGUCAUUGAAGUUGAGAAGGCCCCUGUAAGCAAGCGGCGAAAUGCGAGUACCGCAGCCCGCUCACCGAAACCAAGAAAGGAAGCACCUCCCACUGGAGGACGGAUAAACGGCGAACAACAUUUGAAUCAGCUUUGGGUAGACAAGUAUAAGCCAUCAUCCUCGUCCGAUCUUGUGGCUAACGCGAAGGCUAUAAGAGAUUUGCGAGCUUGGUUGGAGUCGUGGAAAGGCAAAUUCCUGUAUGGUGACGGUCACAAGUGGAAGCCCAAAGCAAGGGGAGAUAUGGACUACGCCGCCGUUUUGCUUGCUGGUCCUCCAGGAAUUGGUAAGACAACUGCUGCCCACAUCGUUUGCAAAGAGUUGGGCUUCGAGCCCCAUGAAUACAAUGCGUCUGACGUCAGGAACAAAGGGGGCGUGCACAUGCUGGCAGAGACAGUGAUGGUAGCAAACACGAUGUUCAAAUACUUCGCGAUUGCGCCAAAGAAAGGGGAAAAAUCGUCGAAGGGCAAGAGCGGCAGGUCAACGUCUUUCCCAGAGGGACAAGUCCUGAUCAUGGACGAGGUUGAUGGAAUGAGUGGAGGCGAUCGAGGUGGGAGCCAAGAACUCAUCAAAGUAAUUAAGACUUCCAAAGUCCCGAUUAUAUGCAUUGCAAAUGAUGACUCAUCUCCAAACAUGCGCUCUCUAUCCAAUAAUUGCUUUAAGCUUCGUUUCAGGCGUCCCAUGGUGAAUCAAGUAACGAAGCGGUUAAUGCAAAUAGCACGACGAGAGGGCUUUCGACAGCUUCAGGACCAGACAGUUGCCAAGCUUGCAGAAGGCUGCAACGGUGAUAUACGCCAAAUGAUCAACUUGCUUCAAACUUGGCGCACGUCAUCCACCAGCCUGUCAUUUGGACAAGUGAAAGAGCGCCUUGUAGUUGAAGGGAAGACUGUCAUUCAGAAGAGUAUUUUUGAAUUAGCAAAGGGAUUCUUCAUGCCCGGGAUUGACGGUUCUCAUAACUCGCUGUUUUCUCGCACGGACAACUAUUUCGCCGACAGUGACUUGAUGCCUCUUUUCAUUCAGGAAAACUAUGUCAACACUGGUGCCGCCGAAAGCAGUCUCGAGAAACUCGCGUUGGCGGCUGAAAGCAUCUCUGAAGGAGAUCUCUGUAAUUCAUUAGUGAGACGAGAACAGCGAUGGGAGUUAAUGCCGGCUGCUGCUAUCAUGAGCGCUAUUCGGCCAGGAAGUAUCAUGGCUGGAGGACUGCGACAACAGCCCCAGUUUCCCUCUUUCCUGGGCAACAUGUCCAAAGGAAACAAAUGGAAGCGUAUUGUGCAAGGUCUAGAGAUGAAGGUGAAAGCGGCGCCGACGACUAGUGCAUCUGUCCGAGCAUUCCGUCUGGACUAUAUUCCAGCGUUGACGACAUGUCUGGCAACACCGUUGAUUCGAGACGGAGCAGGUGGUAUUGACGAGGUAGUGGAACGGCUAGAUAGCUACUGCUUGGAACGCGAUCCUGACUGGCUGGAAAUCCUAGAUGCCGGCGUAUACGCAAAGGGUAGGUCCCCCAUGGAGAACAUUCCAGGGUCUGUCAAAACUGGAUUUACGAGGGCGUAUAAUUCCCGGGAACAUAGGCGGUCAACCGUAACCGGAAUGCGUAUCGGGGUCAAACAGGCGGUUGAUGCGAACAUGACCAAAAAGCGUGUUGACGAGGGAGACGUUGCAGUCGUAGAUGAGGACCCUGUCGACCAGGAAAGUCCAAACAGCGAUGAUGAUGACGAUGACCCUGAACAAGUUGCAGCACAGUUUGGCGUGAAACGGAAAAAGAAGGGUGGACGUAACUCAGCGAAGAAGGCUACUGGCGGUCGAGGCCGGGGCCGGGGUCGUGGCGGUGGGCGGGGGCGUGGGCGUGGGCGCAGGUGAUUCAACGGCCCCUAGAGAGAUGGUAAGUCGAAGCUAGUGAGGCGGUUGUAUUGCUAGCAGAUUUUUGAAAGCGCGAUUCAGCCCUGUCGUUCUAAGAAAAACUAGGUUCAGCCGCUUGAUAGAGGAGCCGUUGACAUAUUUGAGCUUGUCAUUUCCAAGGUACCAAACUCCCUGAGAGCUAUCACUA